AUGUAUGAAGGAAAUUACUCUGAAGUAUCUGAAUUUGUAUUACUGGGACUUUCUACAUACAGACCAACACAGUAUUUCCUCCUUGUCUUCUCUACAGUGUUUUAUAUAAUAAUAGUUUUAGGUAAUCUCCUAGUUGUAUUUACAGUGAUAUUAGAUGCUCAUUUACAUUCCCCCAUGUACUUUCUUUUAGCUAAUCUUUCAUUUAUUGAUUGGUGUUUUUCUACCUUAACGGUUCCUAAGAUGAUUUGUGACAUGUACUCUGGGCACAGUACCAUUUCAUUCAAGGGGUGCGUCAUCCAGAUAUUUGUCCUUCAUGUGCUGGGUGGAUCUGAGAUGGUGCUGCUCAUAGCCAUGGCCUUGGACAGAUACAUGGCCAUAUGCAAGCCCCUCCAAUACUUGACGAUCAUGAGCCCACGGAUGUGCAUGUUGCUCCUGUCUGGUGCUUGGGUUAUCGGUCUCAUUCACUCAGUGGCCCAGUUAGCUUUUGUUGUCCAUUUGCCAUUUUGUGGUCCAAAUGAGAUAGACAGCUUUUACUGUGAUCUUCCUUGGUUUAUCAAACUAUCCUGCAUAGAAACCUACAGAAUGGAGUUCAUGGUUACUGCCAACAGUGGAUUCAUUUCCACAGGCACUUUCUUUUUAUUGAUUAUCUCCUAUAUCUUCAUCUUGUUUACUGUGUGGAAAUGGUCUUCAGGAGGCUUGGCCAAGGCCCUCUCUACUCUCUCAGCACACAUCUCUGUGGUGGUUUUGUUCUUUGGACCAUGCAUUUUUGUUUAUAUGUGGCCAUUUCCCACAGUCCCAGUGGAUAAAUUCCUUGCCAUUUUGGACUUCAUGAUCACUCCCAUUCUCAAUCCUGCCAUUUACACACUGAGGAACAAAGACAUGAAGAUGGCAGUGAGAAGACUGAGUAGUCAGCUCCUACAUCUAAGAAAAAUCUCCUAA